UUCCACGUCGCAGUUCUGUCUCACAGGCGAACUCGCUGCGUAUGUAUGCGUGUCUCCAGCUAGGCCAGAGAGUGAUGGCGGCGCCCGUCCUGAGAGUGUCCACCCCUCGGUGGGAAAGAAUAGCUAGGCUUCUUGUUUGCCUGCUGGGCAUACUGUUGUCUCUAUAUGCCUUUCACGUCGAGAGGGAAAAGGCUCGGGAUCCGAGUUAUAAGGCUAUGUGCGACGUCAGCAGCUCCAUCAGCUGUUCAAAAGUGUUCAGCUCAAGGUGGGGUCGAGGAUUUGGACUCUUGGGCUCAAUUUUUGGAAAUGACAGUGCACUGAACCAACCCAACAGUGUCUACGGGAUUGUCUUUUAUGCCUUCCAGCUUCUACUAGGAAUGACUGUCAGUGCAAUGGCUGCCCUAAUUCUCAUGACGACAUCCAUCUUGUCGGUGGUGGGUUCGCUCUACCUGGGCUACAUCCUCUACUUUGUCCUAAAGGACUUCUGCAUCAUCUGCAUCACCACAUAUGCGCUGAACUUCAUUCUCUUUAUUCUCAACUACAAGCGACUGGUUUACUUGAAUGAGGCCUGGAAGCAGCAGCUUCAGGCCAAGCAGGACUAAGCUGUCGAGAACGGCAAGAAAAAUACGAUACACAAACAAACGACAACAAAAAAAAAAGAAAUGUGACCUCUGAACAUUUGACUUGCCACCAGGAGACCUUGCUUCCAAACAAUGUUUAUUCUGCUGUGUGUUCAAAAAAAUGAAGAAAUUUAACUUAAAUGUUGGGCCUGACAUCUCAAUGUUGCAAACACAGAAGGAUUUGUAAGUGAAAGAUGAUUUUCUUUUAAUUUCUUUUUCCUUGUUUAACAUUGUACUCACUUAAGGAAGGGGCUGACUGUGUGUGUGUGUGUGUGUGUGUGAGGGGGGAAACACAUCAACCCGAGCAAGCAGAGGCAGAACGCCACAGUACAGAACGAUGGAGGACAGCUCUCUUUUGAACAAAAAGGACCGCAGAAUGGAAGAAAAACAGGACAUUAAAGGGGUUUACUUGAAAUGGUUAGAAAGGUCCUAUUACUGCACAGCAGAUCUGCACUAAAACUCGGAACCGAAUAACGGGUCCCAAAAUUAGAAAAAACACUCAUUAGGUCAUCGUUUGCAGAUACGGUUCUAUGGCGGGGAGGGGUGGGGCAAAAUGAAUAACAUUUAUACAGAAUAGGUUUUUUUCAUGUUUACACUUUGUAGUACGUUUGUUUUUGAAGAGGACCACUAAAUAAAACACAGGACAAUGUGAGAUAUUGUGUGUAGAUCAGUCAGAUUGUUUGUUUUGCAAUUCUGUAAAUAGCUGCUGAGCAAUAUUCCAGGCUAGAUUGUGAGUUAGUGUUGACACAAACCUUUAAGGAAAAAAAUGAAAAAAUACGGGAGAAAACACCAGUAAAUGGGGAACAAAAAGUGAUGGAGGUCACAGUUAGGUGGGGGAGUCUGAAGAUGUGCUCGUUGGGACAUCUUUCGUCCUGUAAUCCUGGUCAGGCAUGCAGUUCAGAGUUGUGUAGAUUUUUUUUACAUUUCUUUGCUGUAAGUGGUUACUGUUUCAUCUGAAGCCACCGACACAAGUCUUUUAAACAGAAUUAUAGGUUCUUUUCACCAAGUUUGCAUCAAGGCACCCUCACUCUCUUCUUUUGUUUUGUUAUUCUGUGAAAAGCAUUCCUGACCACCACUCAAGUGGGAUCCAUAAAGACUUAUGUGCCUAAAGGAGUGUUAAGGUGAAUUACCUUUCUUUUUUUUUCUUUUCUUUUUUUUACGUUUUGGGGUCGGGGUGGGGGUGGAGGGGUAUUGUCAUGUUAACUUCAGUUUUGCUUGUUGUUUUAUUGUCACAGGUCCAAGGCUUUAUUUUUAUGAUCACAGUUUUGUAGAUUAAGAUACCAGUGAAGUGUUUCUCCCUCCCUAAUAGUCUCAUGAGGUAGCAAAAGGCUGCUACACUGUGAUUGUCUGCUCAAGGAUAGAGUGGCCUGGUGGCAGAAGCAUCUCUUAUCUUGCUGUUUCAGUUGCGUUAUUGCUCAUCUGGCUCGUGUUCGCUGUCCAGCCUGUAUACAUGUGAUGUCAAUUGAACAGUAACAGUGAUCUUGCCAAGCUGAGUUACAGUUCAUUUGCAGGAUGUGAACAAAACUUGGAGAAUGUCAAGCUUUGUUGACAUGAGUGCUAGAACGAGGUGUAAGAUUCUGUAAGAAAACAAACAGUAUGUUAAGCCAUAUAUGGAGUUUGUAGGAUUUUUGCACCAGUAGGAAAAAUCUCCAGAUCGCUGAUGGUUUUCUAAGAUGAACAGCUGCAGACAGCGACGCUUUUCAUUAAGUGGUUAAUCUAACGUAACAAGGUUUGUACGGAGACAGAUCACAGUAUGGGGAAAAGCAGCCGCAGCUCCUAGAUCCUUUGCUGGAGAUCCACAGUAUUGUCGGUUCAGUUCGGCUCCAAGUGACAGACAAGGACCAUUGUCUCUUUUCCAUCCAGAAUCCACUGAUUGAAGCAUCCUACUUUUCAGAUGCAUGGUAUACUAUCUCCUGGCUUUAAGCAUAUGUUGGCCAUCGGACAAUCUUACACACACUGACAAAGAUGUAGAACAGUCGUAGUAAUAACUGUAAUAAUGUGAUUCAUCUGUGGUGUUUAACCAGCUUGUUAAUAGUUUCCAUCACUGCUAGUCUCCAUGCCCUUUCACGUUUAAUAGAAUUCAAGUUUUUUUUUUGUGGGGUGAGGGUUGUCGGAGUACUGUUAAUGGCAACGGUUCUGAAAGUAAUUUCAGUGACAUGCUGCCUGUGAUAACUUAUGAAGUCAUCAGUUUUGUAUGACCAUGGAAACUGAAGUGACUUUUUUCCCCAGGAUAUUGUCAAAGUGAAACUGUUGUCUGUUCAUGCAUGUUGUACUCAUUUACUACUUAACGUAUACAGUGUCACAUCACUGUUACCCAUUUUCCAAAGCAUAACGUGUUAUAUAUUGACAUAGAUUUUCCUACAUUCCAGGCAGACAGUUUCCAUUCAUUUCAUAAUGAGAUGAUAUAGAUUUUAAGAGACACUUAAAACCGCUUAAACCUUUGCUGUGAAGAUCGCAUAUACUGUUCACUAUGUCCAUAUUUGUCCUUUGGGUUAGAAUAAAGAAUAAAACUGAUAAAUGUCAGUUGCACUCUGAUGGAUAACACUAAGAGUAUACCACUGAUUUAGCAUUGCACUCGUAUUACAUCUAUUCAAAAUCAGUGCAGUGGAACCAGCGAUAGUGUCUUUUUUUUAUUUUAUUUUACACAUUCUUCUCAAACCUGCUGCCUACAUUACCCACAAUGCAUCAGUUUGUUCAGAGACUCGGUUGUGUUACGCUCGUAGCGGCUAAUGUAGCCUCGAGCGGCUAGCCUAAAUUAGAGAUGAGGAGCGGGCUAUAGAGGUCUGGCCAGCUCACUUCUUUCUAACACCACACCCCCAGAUGUUUUAUUUAUUUUCAAACUUGUAGUCUUUAGACCCAAACAAACAAGUGACAUCACUUGAGGACAUUUAUCAGACUUCACACAGCUCCCUCUGGAGACACAAAAGGCUUUAAACAACUUUUAGAACAUGCAGUAGUACUCCCAGGACCUGUAAACACGCUUUGAUGUGCAAAAUGUAUUGAAAAAGUUUCCCAUUAAGCUAAUUUAAAAAAAAUAAAAUUUCAUGCUGUACCGAAAAUAAUGGAAACCAAAGGCUGCCUGGAAGAGAAACUUUAAACACUAUGGUUUGGAAAAUGGUUUGCAGUUAUGUCACAUUGACAUGAUUGGUAGUAAAACAUGCGAGCACCAGUCCAGUCCUUUUUUAACAAACUGUAUGGUCCUCCAAUGAUUUAAAUGUUUGCAUCACUUCUUAGCAAAUCUUUAAGAUCUUCCUUAUACAGUAUUGCCUUGUCGGGCUUACAUCAGGUUCUUACUCAUCUCAGUUCAGAAUGAGAUUAACAACCACACUGUUUUGUCUUUGUCCUGUUUCUGGGAAAGCCUGCUCACUUACAUAAAAGACAAGUCUCCUAUGGAUUCACUUGCACAAGACAAAUUUUUUUUAUUUAGAGACGUCAAACUGACAUAACUUGCUAGUUUUUGUGGCAACAACGAUCGGUCCUGUGAGUUUCGACCAUAGAGCUGACCAGUGUACAGUAGGUAGCCUAUUAUUAUUAUUAUUAUUAUUAUUAUGUUUGUGAUUCCAGUCAUAUGCAAGCCCUAUUACACUAGUUGUGUGCAGUUACUUUAAAGAAAUGGAUAAGGAAUUUGGAUGUUGAGUCAAAAGUUUGAAAAAUAUAUAUAUAUGGUAUAAGGAUCACCAUGUUGUGUGAUGAUUUAAUGUCAAAAAGAAGGUCAAAAUGAUCAAUACUGCAUUCUCAUUAAUAUUCAUUUAGGCCCUGAGGUAUAACUGCCAUGUUAGUUGCAUCACCAAUGCCAACAAAAGUGCCUUCUGUUUGAUCACUAGGCCUUGAGCCAAAGACGAGCAACAGUAAUAGCCUUGUAAAAUGAAGAAUGGUAACUGUAACAGGCACUUCUGCUUGCCUUCCUUAAGAUGUAAUCUGAUAAAUUGGUAAUUCCCAAAGAUUUGAUGUCCGGUAUCGGUGCAAAAAUCCCUUCAGAAAUUGCCAGACAAAUUGCCCUGUCAAAUCAAUGGCCGUUCCUUUUUUCCUCUCUGAACUCCACUCUAUAAUUAUCAUCUUGAUUUUGUCUAGCUAGGACAUGUUUGUUAGCUAAGAAUACACUCUGUUUAAAAUACAUGAUUGUAAUGUUCUUUUUCAUCAUUAAUUAUGCCCUUUAGCUGUAUAGACUGUUAACAUUCUGGGUUAUUUUAGUUUUAAAAAACGUCGAGGGGUUGGAGGGCUAGGAAUCCAUGUGUCAGCAUAAAAUGUUUAUUACAUUUCUUUGUGGAGGAAAACUUACUGGGUUUGCUUCUGUAUUGCCAAAUAUGUUUUAAAAUGCUGUAUUUUCUUACAUGGAAAAGUGUUACAUGAAUGGUGGGAGGGUGCAAAAAAUAAUCUGUUUAAAUCCAGCUUACUUUAAGGGAAAACUGUGGAAAAAGGUUGACAUGAGAACAUUUUUAAUUGUGUCAUUGUCAUGUGGAAAUGAUCUACCAUUAAAACAUUCCCUCUGAAA